AUGCCAGGGACUGCAACUGAAGAGGACACUCCACACUUCCGCUGCUGUAAGACGUGCUGCCCGCCCGGAGGGGGCGCCAUGCCAGGGACCGGGACUGAAGAGGACGCUCCGCAGACACACGCGCGGGAUGGUGAGCGUUUCUGGAAUAGGCACCGCAGCCCUGUGGGGACUGAGCUCCGCCUCCCUCUCUGGAGACGGUCAGACACAGCCAGCACAGCGCCAGGUCACUGGCUGGUCCUCACUGGAAAUGGGAGCCGUGUCGGGAGCUGGUCUGCGCUGUCGGUGGUUUACACAGUUAGGAGCGGCAGUGGCCGCCUGAAGGAAAGGCCACGAGUGUGA